AUGGCGCGGAUCCUGUACACAGCAUCUACGCAUCUACUAUCCGAGGUCCUUGUGUAUCUUGCGUCUGGAGGCUAUCUCAGCAGUGUGGCAUGUAGCUUCCGCAGAGGAUUCACGACAAUCAAGAGGAUUGUUUAUGAAACAUGCACGGCAUUGUGGGAGGAACUAAUGCCCAUCUACCUGCCUAACCCUACACCAGAGGUGUGGGCACAGUCCGCCCUGCAGUUUGAGGAAAGGUGGGCAUUCCCAAACUGUGUUGGUGCUGUGGACGGGAAACACAUAGUGAUCGAAGCCCCAAAGCAUGGAGUGUCCAUGUUUUAUAACUACAAGGGGUCACACUCCAUCGUACUGAUGGCCGUAGCUGAUGCCAGCUACAGGUUCCUGUAUGUUGACAUCGGAGCUUAUGGCUCUCAGUCCGAUGGAGGCAUAUUCAAGGCGUGCACACUGGGCAGGGACCUUGAAGCUGGUGACCUGGGACUCCCACCACCAAGGAGGCUUCCUGGAUCAUCCCUGGAGGCCCCUAUGUACUUGGACGACACCAAGAGGGUGUACAACACCAGGCUCUCACAUGCCAGACGGCGUAUAGAAAAUGCCUUCGGGAUCCUUGCGUCCCGAUGGCGCAUAUUCAGAAGACCUCUGAAUGUCAAGGUGGAGAACGUCGAGCUGUUGGUGCAGGCUUCCAUCGUCCUGCACAAUUUCCUUAGAGCGCAGGAAGAGGCAGCUCCGGGAGGGGAGACAUAUUGUCCACCAGGCUUUGCAGAUCGACGCUGCAAUGCUGAUGGAGCGGAGGACGGUGAGUGGAGACAAGUGCUCGCCAGAAAUCCAGCUUGUGCACUGGGGGACCUCACGGCUACUCUUGCAAGGCGUUUCUCCCGUGAGGCAGCGAACGUGAGGAACGUCUUUGCAGAGUACUCUUCAAGUGAGGCAGGUGCAGUGACAGGCAGGCAGUGA